UUACGCUAUGAUUAUAGGCAAGGCUGAAGGGCGACGAACGCUCUGCGCUUGCGUGAGAGCCGCUCUUGUCGAGCCGCGAGACGCGGUGACGAGCAGGCAUCGCGAGAUCCGCCGUACACGCGUGCGGGGCGCUUCGAGCGCUGCUCUUUCAGCUGACAGCAGAGGAGCACUUGCUGCAGAGCGCGACGCCACCGACGCAGCACCCAAAAGAUGAGCGGCUUCACCUGCCUCACGGCGCCCGGCGUCGUGUUUGAAGAUAAGGCCGCGUUCACGGCGCACUACAAGAGCGAGUGGCACCGCUAUAACCUGAAGAGGCGGACGGCGCAGCUGCCCAUGGUGUCCCUCGACGAGUUCGAACGGCGACGAGCAGCGGCUCAAGAGGCCUCGCCGGCUCCGAAGGGCCAGGCCCACGUCAAGGCCAACAAGCGCGAAAAACGAAGUAAGCGGCGAGAGUUGAAAGGGGCGUCGGUCGUGGAUUCCGUCUCGGGCUACCGUUCUUCGUUAAAUGUGGCCGACGGGCCCGCGUCGAAGCCGACGGAAGAUAUCAAUGAAGAAUCUGAAGAGGAGGAGAUCGAGGAGGUCACAGCCGAAGCUCGGUGUUCUGACUCGUUCUUCGACAAUGAACGGUUUGAGACCUCCGAGGAGGCGUUGGCGUACAUGCACCGCACCUACGGCUUUGUAUUACCGGAAUCGCCGUACAUUUGUGAUGUGGACGGGUUAUCAUUGUACCUAUGCGCCAAAGUAAAACAAGGCCGGACGUGCCUCUGGUGCGGGAGGCAGUUCCGAAGCUAUCGAGCCUGCCAGCAGCACAUGAUCGACAAGUCCCACGUGAAAGUGGCCUACGAGAGCGACGCAUCAGUGGAUGAACUAAGUGACUACUACGACUUCUCGGCAUCCUAUGCAGGAUUGGACGACGACGCGGUGAAGGCGUUGGGCGUCGACGACGACGAGGCAGAUGACAAUUCCGAGGACGGCUGGGAGACGGCGUCGUCCACGUCUGAUGAUCAGAUUGUUACUCGAAGGGCCCCGAAGGUCAAGGUAUUAGGCACUGGUGAAUUACUCUUACGGAGUAAUGGUCGUAAAAAGAUCGUCGGCGCGCGGUGGCUCCGGAGCUACUAUCGCCAGAACCACCGCUUGGACGAUGAAAGGGACGCGACGGUCGCGGUGCGGGCGGAACAACGGGAUAGACUCCUAGCGGCGUACGGGCGCGAGCAUCAUGAGAGAGGCGGCUUCCUGCUGGGCCUGGCGGCCCAAUAUAAUAGGAGGACGGUCUUCAAGCAGCUCGCGCGGGACCAGCGCGCGCAGAACCGCAUGGAGAUGCGGACGGCCGGCUUCCGGUCGGGUGGCAAGGCCAAGGACUUCAAGCAGAACAAGCUCAUCAAGCACGCGGUGGCCGGGAAGAACCGGGGCGAGGGGCUCGGGGUGCAUGGCUAAGCGUAGUUGUUCUCAA